AGGCCGACAGCGCAACAAGUUGUCCAAGGAAGAGGACGCCUGUCCUAGCUUCAGACACUUUUUUCAAACCGUAGUGUCGCCAAGGAAGACAAGUUUCGGCAUGGGAGGUUCUUACUUCUCGACCCUCUGUCUGAUAGUGUUCUGUUUGGCUUCAACCGUCGGAGGUGUCAACAUCGCCCGGGGGAAGACAACGCGCCAAUCCAGCCAGUGGGAACAGGGUGCUGCUCGCCGUGCUGUAGACGGGAACACCAACACCUACUGGGGCUCGGACUCAUGUACACACACCGAGAAUGAGGACACUCCCAUCUGGUGGGUGGAUCUUGGUCAACCGUACAGCAUUGACAGAGUGGUCAUCUUCAACCGCCAAGACGAGUGUUGUUGGGGACGAAUCAAUCCUUUCAACAUCCACAUCGGGGAUUCUGACCAGGUCAGCACGAACCCCAAGUGUGGUGGUGAUCAUGAAUUCGGCAGCCAGAGCCAGAAGUCGCUUUCCGUUCCCUGCCAGGGCAUGCGGGGACGGUACGUGGGAGUACGUCUUCCCGUUACCUCCAGGGCACUGACCCUCUGCGAAGUUCAAGUAUUUCCGGUCAAUUACUGGCACCGGGUGUUCGCGACUGUAAGGGGGACAGGGCAGGAUGUGUACGACGCCUGGACAGCCGGUGCUGGUGCAGACAUUAAACACGACAAACACCCCAUGGUCGAGCAGUGGGGCUCGUUGGAUAUCGAUGAGGUGAAGAUGGUAUUUGAGUCUUCUGUCCAGGAGAUAGAGCUCGUCUUCAAUGGGCAGAACACCAACAAGAACAACUGGUUUACCAAGAACCGCCUGCGGACGUCGCCGUGGAACGACAUCAAAUCAGAAUCCACAAACUAUUUCUCUAUCGAAGGACACUCAGAUCUAAAAAGACGUUUCUUCAUCAACCGCCAGUAUAAUACCUGUGAUCGGGACAUGGGGUGGCUUCUUGUGGCAGAGGAGGGACAGUCAGCUCCAUGUAGUUGGGAGCGGACGUCAGCAAGUCAGCUGCCCUACAUCCGGGUCUCCAAUGCAGGUAGAGCAGUCAACUGGAACAACGAUAAUGGUUUUACAACAGCGGAUCGCAUGGUCAUCUAUAUCGCAUCUGAGAGAUGCAGCGCAUGUGAACAGAACUGCACAUACACAGACGGGGAUUUCCAGUGUUCCUGUCAUGCCGAAUAUACAUUGAACGAAGAUGGAACUUCCUGUGACGACGUCGACGAGUGUUUGACAGAAAAUGGCGGCUGUGAUCACAUCUGUACCAACACAGAGGGAAGCUUCCAGUGCUCCUGUAGUCCUGGCUACGUUUUGAAUUCCAAUGGGUUGGCAUGUGAUGACGCGUGUCUGACGGCCACGCCCCUGUAUGUUCCCCACCGUAGUACCGCGUACGCCACGGAACAGGAGCCGAACGUGUGUGAUAAUGACAUGGAGGAGGGCUGGUACCGCUUCACUCACGCUGGAGGCACCAUCCCCACCAGCUGUGUACCGGUCUUCCACUGUAGCACAGAGUAUACCAUAUGGAUGAACGGUUCACACCCAACUGAUGACGACAUCGUUGACCGCGUGGCGUGCGUCAAUACCGGUGAGGGUGAUAGUUGCUGCUCCGACCAGUACAGCAUGACCAUACAAGUCAAGAGAUGCCCCACCCCCGGACACACCUACUACGUCUACAAACUGGUGCCAGUUCCACAACCAGCAAGCACUGGUGGCGGUUAUUAUGGCUACUACGAAGAGUACUACAACCCCGAAUACUACGAAGGGUAUUAUAACCAAGAAUCGACACCAAGUCGAUGUACAGCUUACUGUGCAGGCGAUAGCGAGCCUUGUCCGAACGGUGAAGAAUACAACGUGUUCCAUCGAGCCUGUGGAAACAUAUUUCCGUUGUUCGCUGACAACGUUACCCUCCACCCUCCUGAGUAUGAAGUCAGCGCCAAUCAAGUGACGUUUACGUGUGAGGUCCAAUACGACCCUGAUGACGUCACUGCCUGGUUUGACGUCAUGUUCCUGUUCGAUAAUGAGUACUUUCCGGACGUGCCUAACGUGACCCUGACGGCCGGGAAAAGGCGCGCAAAGAUGGACGCCAGUCAUCUGGGUCUGAACCAGCUGUAUCCGAACGUGCCGGCCUCCUGGCCGUCCAAGAUGGGGAAGGACGUUUCUUGUCAAGUAAGGUCCUACUGGGAAGGUACCCCGGAUGUGAAAAGUGAGUGGCAGCAGAGCAACUCUUACUGGGCAGGCAUUGAGGCCGGAGGCACUGCUGAAGUUUACGAGUCUGCUGACCACUUCAAGCUGGAGCUGACCAGUACCGUCCCCUUUGUCUGCGAAGGUGGGGCACAAAGGACGGGGCAGUGUUACGCAGACGUUCCCUUAGCCUUCGACUCAAACGGAGACGACGUCUGCGUAGCUGACGGAUGUCACGUGAGGUUCUACGCCGGCAAUUGGUCGGAUACGGAACAUAGGGUGAAAGGAGAAGCUGUGUUGGUUGCCGUGAAAGAUGGACAACAAGAUGGCGACAAGUAUAUGAGCGUCAACUUCGGACAGAUCUCGCAUGCUCCCGUUGCGUACAACCUUCCUCACAUCUUCCACGGUUACACACCACAGAUUAACUUAGCAGUUCGCACCAUAGAUGCCCUUGAGGCAACGUGCACGUACGCUGGUGAUCCCCACGGAGUUUCCUUUGACGAACUCACCGGAGCUUGGCACAAACAAAUUCACGUCAUCAAACCGGGAGAAUUCGUCCUGUACAGAAGUACUAAACCCGGCAGGAAUUUCGAAGUACACUCUCGGCUCAAGCGUUGCGGUAGUGGAAGAUACACGAACAAAGUUUCCUGUAACUGCGGCGUGGCAGUGCGUGAGGACAAUGAUGUGGUGAUAGUUGACUACUGCAACAGGAACUCUCCAACCAUCGCCUACAAGACAUCAAAGGGAGGGCCUCUCUCUCCGGGAGUUUUAGUCACUCAGGACAGCAAUGGGAAAUACAUCAAGAUUUCGAUGCCGUCCGGUGCGUACGUGGAAGUGGUGGGUUCUGGUUUCGUCACCCUCCGUGCACACGCGCCGGGGAUAGACAAGGGGUACACCGAAGGGCUCUGUGGAUUCUUCGAUGGCAAUCCUAGAAACGAUCGGAGGAUGCCGGACGGCUCGACCUCCCGCCACUACGUUUGGCCACGAUGGCACAGAGAGUUCUCCCUUGCUUGGCAAAUUCCGCGGGGAGAGAGUCUGUUCGACGUUGAGUGUCCAGAAGAAGUCACCAAUCCGCUCUCCGAGUCACAGUUCUGCACGUGUGGGAACAGGGUCGAGUGUAGCCCGACCAAAACUCGCAAAAACAACCACUUGAACCCAGCUUUGAACGUCAUCCAUCCGCUUCAAGAUGAAAGAAACAAGAACUGCACUCCGCCACCGGAAGUGAUCGAGGAAGAUCCGGAUCUGUACAAUGACGAUGUUUGUGACACGGAGUACGAGUUCGAUUACGCUGAAGACGAAGAACCCGAAAUUAACGACGAAUGGCCGACCCCGAACAGAGGGAUCACGGAGGAGGAAGCGACAGGAACGUGUCAGCAAGGAAUCUUGAACCUGACCAUCGCUGAAGACUGUCGGGAUGUGUACGGUGUUGAUAUAUUCUCCGGAGUGGACUUCUGUGUAGCAGAUGUGAAAGUGACUGAAGAUUUCCAGUACGUUGACAUCAUCGUACAGAAGAUUCAAGCAGAAUGUGCUGAAAAAGCCUACAACAAUGUCAGUCUGUACGAGACCAAUGAUGACGGAACCGCGAAGCCUCCAGCCUUCAUCACUGAGAACGUGUGCCCGCGCCAGUGUAGUAACCAAGGCCGGUGUGUGAACAGUACGUGUGAGUGUAACCAUGGUUACACGUCUGCAGACUGCUCCAUACAGAUCGGCAGGCCUCCAGUCGCGCUGGAACUCCCCUCGGACGGGCUGUGUGACGUCAGGAGUCGGCCUUGUAUGAAGACGUCCUUCUUCGCUGAAGACGUGAUGAACUCGGAGAACCUGACCUGUAGGGUCACCCAAGUUCAGAUACAAGAUGGGAUAAAGACUGAAGCCAACUCCAGCGGCCGGUCCGAGGCGACGUUCCGCAGUUUUGGGGAGGUGUCGUGCGCCCUCCCCAGGUCUCCUGUACGGGACGGGACACCUGACACCAAGGAAGGCGCGGUGGCUCACGGGAUGCUGGUGUCCGUCAGUAACGAUGGAGAACGGUUUAGUGAGGAGUUGUUCUUCACCGUGUACGACUCCGUCUGUCAGGAGUGUACUCAGGGAGGGGAUUGUACUUGGAAGACCAUUGAACUACAAAGGUCACGUCUAUGA